AUGUGCCCGUGUCCCCUGCACCGCGGCCGCGGGCCCCCGGCCGUGUGCGCCUGCAGCGCCGGCCGCCUGGGGCUGCGCUCGUCGGCCGCUCAGCUCACGGCCGCCCGGCUCAAGGCGCUGGGAGACGAGCUGCACCAGCGAACCAUGCGGAGGCGCCGCGGCGCGCGGACCCGGACCCGGACCCGGACGGCGCCUGCGCCUGCGCCUGCGCCGGCGCCCCGCGCGCUCUCCACCUACUGGCCCUGGCUGUGCGCGGCCGCGCAGGUGGCGGCGCUGGCGGCCUGGCUGCUCGGCAGGCGCAACUUGUAGGAACGCGGGAGGAGGGCUUCUUGGUCGGUGGGGGGGGGCCCGGAGCCGAGACCCAGCCGGAUCGAGCAACAGGUUGGUGAAACCUUGUGUCCUUGGAGAAAGCUGGUUCCUGUUUUCCUGAGGAGGAGCCCAGAGCUUGAAAGGCCACGGUUGGCACUUCAAGGAGUGGAGGCUCAAGACAGCGCCUGGAGCUGAUCGCAGAAUGCAGGAGGACUUGGGGAGCCCUUGGGAAAUCCAGCUGCAGUAACAAACACCCCAAAUGCUAUCUCUCCAUAUAGCUCUAUAUAUACACAGAAGAGAAAAUAUGAAUAUUACGUAUCCAUGCAUGCCUUGUGGAAGACUUGGUCCCUUCCCUCUCAGCACCUUGUGAUGCGGACUCUGAUACUUUUUUUUUUUUUAACGUCUGGGGCACCAGAAGAGAGACGCCUGCAGCUGUGUACCUAGGAAAGGUACAGGUUGGUGGGAUUAGCUUAGCACGGACCACCGCCCGGCACAGAAGCUGGUGUGGAGUAAGGGGACAUUGGUGAAAGAGCAAGACAAAAUGAAAGACUGAAGGACUUGGGGGGCAGUUUUGUAGGGGCAGUCUGGGAUACCUCCAUUUGUUGACAUGCCCUAGCCUCUGACAUUUGUCCUCCGUCCCUGUCUACAUAGCUCUCUAGAUCUCACGGUUACAGCCAGAGAGAUGGGAUGUCGUUUUAUUUUCCUACCAAUCUGGUGUCUCUGGUGCUUUACUUCAGUUUUCCUGGUGCUAAAUGGCUUCUUCCUGGCACGGCCAUUGCCUUCUUCUGUGGACAGACCUGGAGCGCUGGAGGGCGAGAGAGAUUUCUAUUUUGCUGUUUAGGAAUUUUGUUUUAAGAGGGACAAGUUGCAAAAGUGUCACUUAAGAGUCUCUUUCUGUAUUUAGGGGUGGAUGCCCAGGGGGUGGGGUUCAAGUCAUAACCCCUGGGCCUGGAAGGGAGGAAGGGUGGGAAUGGCAAAAAUAGAAGGAUGGUUAGGAAGAGACGGAAAGCUGGCUGGGUUUCUACCCCCUUCUUCCCUGCAGAAGUGUCCUGGGAAUGGGACCCAUGGCCUCCCCCACUUCCCAAGGGGAUUCAGGGCUUAUAGUUUUUAUGGAUUAAAGAGCCAAGACAUGGCUACAUUCUGAUGGAGACUGAUUUAUAAAAGCAGGGGGAGUUUCGGGCAGGGGGGGAAGGAGCAGACCAUUUAAAUGUAAUGUACCAGCCAUCUCAGAGACUGUCAGAGGUCUGAUUUUCCCUCCUCCUCACCCAUCCCUAGGAUAAGGUACUUUUGCAGAAGUUUCUAGAAGGGCUAAAAAGGUUUUUUAAAAAAUGUAUGCUGGAUGGAGACUUGGCUAUAAAGACUCAUGCCCUCAGGGAGCAGUGAUGAAUUUUUGCUUUCUUUAAAAAAAAAAAUCAACAGAAACGUAUUUUUCCAUUGAGCAGGCAGUGUCCAAACACUGCAGUCUGAUUUCUGGCUGAGAGGUGAGGCCCUCCGGCUGCAGACUCAACGAGUCACUCUCUCCUGUUCCUCUUUUUAUCUCUCUUUUCUCUUUCUUGGUUUCUGAGACAGGGCCUCACUAUGUAGCCUGGGCAAACCUUGAACUCAUGACCCUCCCGCCAUAGCAUUCCGAGUGCUGGUAUUCUAGGCGUGGGGGCGCACCUCAAGCAGCAUUCUUCACGUGCUGGCCACUGCUGGUCCCUGGAGUCUAGGGCUCUACUGGGCUUCUUAGCACGCAGCUCUGACACCUCAAUUCUGUGUGGCCAGCAAUACGUAGAUCCGUAUUUGUUACGGUGCCCAGGGCUGAAGGGGGAAGACCUUCACUCUCUGCAGGCAAACGAAGCUCCCUGCCCCAAGGGUGAACUCAGCAAAGCAAAAAAGCAAAAAAAAAAAAAAAAAAGAAAGACAAACAAACAAAACCUGGUUUCCAGAAAGCUUGCUUGGCAGGGGACAGCAAGCUGCAGCCAAGCCAGAAACACAGAGAGGGCUCCAGAAUGGUCUGGAAGACACUCUCUGCUUGUGUUUAGGCCGGGCUCGGUCUUUGCAGUGACGCGAUUUUUCAGGGGAGAUGCAUCAGUGCAUCCGGCCCUGCACGGCCCUCUGCUUCUGCAAGGCUCUGACUUGGAGCUCUCGGUGGGACCCAGCAGAAGGGUAGAGGGGCCCCCCCUUUUUUUGUGACAUUUCUCCCUGGAGGAUCCAAACUCCAAACACAGGGGCUGGCAUUUUAGGUGACUUUUGACUUCAGCCAAACCCCACUGCUGAAAGAACCGGGCACCUACGGGGCCUCCCGACAGAGCUUUCCGGCAAGUCCCUUGUACAUACUCUCGUGUAUUACCAGAACACGCGCAUUAACCCAGUCCUGGCCUUGCCCUCCCCCCCCACUCGUUCGCGUGCACUUCUCAACCGCCCCACUUUUGGACGGGGUUGUUUUUCUAUGCGAUUUGACUUUUUGAUGGGCAUCUGUAUCAGGGUCCUCUGAGGCAUGAUAUUGCUGUAUUUAUUGUCUCCGCCAACGCCUCUCCUGACACAUUACUUGGAUUGCAUGAGACAGUGGGAUGGGCUUGCUGUUCAUGUUGUUACUGCUUUUUGUUUAAAAAAAAAAAAAGAAAAAGAAAAAAAACAAAAAACUUCCACAGUGUGCAAAAUGCUGGCACCAUCUUUUCCCU